AUGGAUCUCUCCCAUGAGAUCUGCCAAAGCUUGCAGGAGGCGCGGAGAUCCAGCAGAAACCUGGAGGCCCGCGCGGCCGCCGAAGCCGGGAGGAGGAAUGCAGCCCUCCUGACAGAGCAAAAGGCCGAGGUGGAGAAAGCUCUGCAGGACGCGCGGAGUGAAGCGCAGGAAGCCGAAAGAAGGAGUGCCGAGCGCCUGGAGGAGGAAAAGGCCAAGGCCGCGAAAGCUCUGAAGGAUCAAAGCGAGGCCUAUGAGAAGAAGCUCCAGGAGGCUGCGGAAGCGUUGCAGAAGCAAGCUGCAAAGGACCCGAUGGCGACCCGAUGGCGUGGAGAACUUCGGGUUCAGGGGACGUGCCUCCUCGAUCUCAGAUAA